AAUUUAACCCAAUUUCCCUCCUUUCCAGGCCGAAAUCAUCCUCCGUCGCCGGUACUUGCUGGGCAAAGCCACCGUUUGGGCGUCUACAACCACAAUCUUCAAAGCUUCUCUUACAUACAAACAUACAUCCUCAGUCCUUUUCCUGCAGCUCUACGAAAUUACCACCUCCAUUCCUACCUCAAAAUCAACUACCAUUGCAGCCUCAAUUCCAACUGAUUUUGACGAAAACCUCCCACUACAUCUACGCGCCGCACUGGGUUCGUGCCUCCGCUUGAGAGGGUCCAAGUCAAAACACUUUUCUCACCAAAUCGCUUAAACUCAACGGAUCACGUUUCAUCCAUUCCCAACAGCUGCAGCACCGGGGAGCGUAAUUCAUGUAAUUCUUGAAGUAGCAUUGCAAUCGAGCUUUUGUUUGGAACAAUGAAUUGAAGUACUCACCUAUUGCUGCAUUAGGAUUUUUGCAGUAGAAUUUUGUUUGCAAAUUCAUGCCUUUGAAAAUCUGAAUGGGUUAUAUAAAUUUUCUUUUCAAAAGAGUGUACUAGAAAAUGGCAACAGAGUCAUCGGAGGGAGAAGAAGAAGGGAAGAUUACAGGAUGGAGUCAGCACCUGAUUGUGGACGAUGACCUCAGAGAAAUGGGCAAAAAGGCUGCUUGGAGUGUCAGCUCUUGCAAACCUGGCAAUGGUGUCUUCUCUCUACGAGAUGACAAUCUCGAUUCCUUUUGGCAAUCUGAUGGUGCACAGCCUCAUUUGGUGAACAUUCAAUUCCAGAAGAAAGUAAAGCUGCAAUUGGUUGUGCUUUAUGUGGAUUUCAAGCUCGACGAGAGCUAUACCCCCAGUAAGAUCUCUAUUCACGCUGGCGAUGGAUUUCACAACUUGAAGGAGAUCAAGACUGUGGAGCUUCUAAAGCCAACUGGCUGGGUUUAUCUAUCCUUAUCUGGAAAUGAUCCUAGGGAAACUUUUGUCAAUACAUUUAUGUUACAAAUAGCUGUGCUGUCAAAUCAUCUUAACGGAAGGGAUACUCAUGUGCGUCAGAUCAAAGUUUAUGGGCCUCGACCGAAUCCUAUACCCCAUCAACCUUUUCAAUUUACUUCAAGAGAGUUUAUUACGUACUCAUCUGUGAGAUGAGAAAUAUGAUCUAGCAGGAUAACAGAGAAGUGGAACCAUCCCUGAAACUGUGAAGAAUGCAGCUGAAAGGAGCCAUAGCAUCCAAAAACCAUGUGUUUUGGACAUCUGAGAUCUAUUACGUUCUGCAUUUACCAAAGAAAGAAGAUACAAAGAUUUGAGAUAAUGUUACUAUUGUAUGGUUUGAAGUCAAGGGGAAAGAGUAAAGACUCUGUGAAAAACCGUAGUUGAAUCUUUUAACUCAACCUUACUGGAUUACUAUUUGGGUUUUUCUA